AUGCCAGCAGGAACCUCGCAGGCCGGGCCAGGCCAAGGGCAGCAGCCCCUUGGCCCCGAGGCCGCCAGGCCACGCGCGGCUGCGCAGGACACGUCACCAGGAAGCUCUCUGGAUUUAGAGCAGUGUUCCCUCAAAGUUCUGGAGCCAGAGGGAAGCCCAAGCUGGAGCCUCCUGAAGCUGCUGGGCGAGCGGGGCUGCACCGUGCUGGAGCUGGCCGAGUUCCUGCAGGCCCUGGAGCACACCGAGGCUCUCCAGUGCCUCUGUCUGUCAGGUAUAAAGAUCGUUGUGCAGCCAGACUCUCAAGCAGUGCUCCCCGGGCAGGUGGUCAAGCUCUGCUGCUGGGCGACGGGGCACCCGUUUGUGCAUUACCAGUGGUUCAAGCAGGAAAAAGAGGUUCCCCAUGGAAACUCUCCAGAGCUGGUUUUGAGUCCAGUGCAAGUCAGUGAUUCUGGCUUCUACAUCUGCCGGGUGAACAGUGACUCUUCCUUUGCGUUCAGCCGGUGGGCACGGCUGGAGGUCUGCGAUCCCCGGGACGCGUCUCACGGGAAUUUGAUUGGUUUGCCUGAAAAACAGUUACGUAUUUGUAUUGAGCCUCAGCCACAGAACCUGUCGGUUGGGGAUGCUUUGGUACUGGAAUGUGGAGCUGUUGGAAACCCAAUUCCUCACUACCAGUGGUUCAGAAAUGGAUUUCCCCUGGCAGAUGGGAGCAAAAAUGUCUACAUGGUAACUUGCGUGGGCGUGGAACAUCAAGGGACGUAUUGGUGCCGUGUGUUCAACGAGCAGGAAGAUCAAGACAGCAAGAAGAUAGAAGUCGUUGUAGAAGAUCUAAGUGGCCUUCAAAACCCUGACCUAGAAGAGCAAUCAAAUGGCAGACCUUUUGCAACAGACAAGGUAGCUCUGCUGAUAGGAAAUAUGAGCUACUGGAAUCACCCAAAGCUCAAGGCUCCGAUGGUAGAUGUCUAUGAACUGACCAAUUUGCUGAGACAGCUGGAUUUCAAAGUUGUUUCUCUGCUGGAUCUUACUGAGUCUGAGAUGCGAAAUGCAGUGAAUGAAUUUUUACUUCUCCUGGACAAAGGAGUAUAUGGUCUGUUAUACUACGCUGGCCACGGCUAUGAAAACUAUGGAAACAGCUUCAUGGUGCCUGUUGAUGCUCCGAAUCCCUACCGGUCUGCAAACUGCCUCUGUGUACAGAACAUACUCAAACUGAUGCAGGAAAAAGAGACAGGACUCAAUGUUUUCCUGCUGGAUAUGUGUCGGAAAAGAAAUGAAUAUGAUGACACAAUUCUCAUCUUAGAUGCUCUAAAGGUUACAGCCAACAUCGUUUUUGGAUAUGCAACGUGCCAAGGGGCAGAAGCUUUCGAAAUCCAGCACUAUGGCCUGGCCAAUGGAAUUUUCAUGAAGUUCUUGAAGGAGCGCCUGUUGGAGGACAAGAAGAUAACUGUCCUGCUGGAUGAGGUUGCGGAAGAUAUGGGCAAGUGUCACCUUACCAAAGGCAAGCAAGCUCUGGAGAUCCGCAGCAGCUUGUCUGAGAAAAGAGCAUUAACUGACCCCGUGGAGGAAAGCGCGUCCUCGGCGGAGGCCCUGGCGCGGAACCUGCAGUGGGCCAAGGCGCACGAGCUUCCAGAAAGUAUGUACCUCGAAUUCAAAUGUGGUGUUCAGAUUCAGCUGGGAUUUGCAGCAGAGUUUUCCAAUGUCAUGAUAAUCUACACACGAAUAGUAAAGAAGCCCCCAGAAAUCGUGGUGUGCAGAGCCUACGUUACCGACUUCGCGCACGAUCUGGAUGUGGAUCCCAAGGAGGCCAAUAAAGGAACUCCUGAGGAAACUGGAAGCUAUUUAGUGUCAAAGGACCUUCCCAAACACUGUCUCUACACCAGGCUAAGCUCACUGCAAAAGCUGAAGGAGCACUUGAUCUUCACUGUUUGCCUGCACUAUGAGUAUCCAGGGGUAGAAGAUACAAUGGACGAGAGGAAGGAAGUCAAUGUUGGGAAGCCCCUUAUUGCUAAAUUAGGCCUUCAUCAUGGAUUCAAAAGUAAUAGCUGUCUUCAGACCUGCUGUGUGCCUAAUAACCCUUUUCUUAAACAAGUGGAAUCAAGUCCAGUGGCAGCCAAGUACUAUUUCCCUAGUCAUGACCGAGCAAAUCCCUGUCCAGGGGGUUAUCAUCCAACCACUGUUUGUUCAGACAGCAUUAGGCAACCAGGGGCAUGUUCUUGCAAUGGGACUUCAGGUAUGUUGACUUCAAGACACGAAGUGCAGAGUUACUCACCCCCUGCGGAAAAGAGCAACGUGCCCGUAGAGACAACGGAUGACACUGCUGACCUGGAGCUCCUGCUCUCCCACAGCCUCCGCUUCUCCCGGCGGCAGUAG